AUGGCAGGCUCAAUCUGGAGCUACCUUACCGGGUCGUCCACCAACUCCACGGAGAAAUCGAGCAGUGAUGACGAUGACGACCUAGAUUUCGAGGACGAUGAUGAGGACUAUGAUGUGACUCCAGAAGACUAUGUUGACAUCCGUCCUCGUUCUCGCUCGUCGGAACGGCCUCCUCCCCCUAGAUCGAUACCAUCUCCCCCUAGGUCAAGAUCAUGGGAACGUCCACCUCCGAGGGACGGGCGAGAUUACUAUAUGGAGCCCGACGAGUACCUUCAUCGCCGCCCGAGAGGUCGCUCAGAGUCCAGAUCCAGAUCCCGCCCAGGCGCCAGAUCAUCAUCUAGAAGACCAUACCGGGAUGACCCGCCUCAACGUCCCCGCUCUAGACCUCCCUCACGCAGACCUCCUGACCCAUACUCGGAUGAAGACAGCGAUGAAGACUGGGACGAGGUGCGACGCAACUCACCCUCUGACCGUCGCUCCGAUAGUGAUGACUCUUGGGAUACCGAGUCAAGUCGGGAUAGUCGCCGGCGCCGCCGCGUGGUGACCCCGCCCCCCUCUGACGAAGACGACUGGGAAGACGUCAGCGAUGAUGAGCUUGACCAUGUCCCAUCCCACUGGCGUAGUCCCUCUCCUGCCCCUCGCGGCCGCACCUCAGACACACAACAAACCGACUCCACCCGCGAUACCCGCGACCCCUCACCCCGCACAAUCCUGCGAGAGAGCGAUUAUACCCUCCCUGGUAUGCGCCGGAAAGGCCGCAGAGGCAAGACGACCACUCGCGAUGACACUUUUGACCCCAGAGUGCCGACGUCUGGCGAGUCACUCGUCCACCCAAAAGACGCGCCAGAUCGUAUGUCCGAUGAGGAAGCCAACGAGAAGUGGAAAGCAAGGACUCAAGUCACUCGGGAAGAAGCAGAAGCUCAUGCCGAGCGCCUCUCGGGGGACCGAUACGAGCCUAGCAUCCCGGAACGGUAUCCAACGGUGCAUACACGCCUCCCCUCUAUCCUCCGCAAGCCUGACCCUAAUGCCAAGGACCUGUCCUGCUUACCCAUGGCUGAGUGGAAAAAGCGGCAGCGAGUAGGUUUGGUCGCUAAUCAUGCGGCGGGGAACUACUGGAAGCGCGAGGUUCCGGAAGACACAGACCUCCCGGCGUGGGGCGGAGCCCAGCAUCUGCGCACCAUCGACUCUGUGCUGGAAAGCAAGGCGACAGCACUGAUGAAGACGGCCGGCAUGACCCACGCCCCCACUUCCGAGUUCACCAUGGAAGAGUACUUCCCCACCAUGUAUACGCACGACAUCUCCGGUCUCGAUACCGAGUUUGAUCCUGACGCCGAUACCAAGCUCGCCAAAGUCUUUUCCACGCUCAACAAGGAGGACAAGACCAAACUUGGCAAGGAACUGCAGAGGUUCACCAAGCUAGGAUUGGUCUGGCAAAAGUACGUCGACUGGACAGAUAUGGACCUGCUCAAGGACCGCGGCUCCCUCGCGUGGAUGAAGACCGACAAGUAUCUCCAAAAAGAGCACGCUGGCAAUGUCCUCCAGCUCGCUAUCGGACGAUACGCUGGCACGUACGACCCCGCCCAGGGCAAUCAGAUGAACACCAUCAUCUGUUCCGAUCAGGCUAGCCGUCGGCGUUUCCUCGAUACUGGUGGGCCCGACAAAGACGGCAAGCCGAUGGAUAUCGACGGCAGGACCUUCCAGUCGGUGGUGGAGGACGGUUCGGACCCGGUGGGCGAUAGAGAUUACACCACCGACUUCCAUAACCCCCGCGGCACCGACUAUGACACGGUCGAAGCCGCACGCGCCAAACUCAUCACCGGCGUCAACUCCCUCUACGAUGCCCUCGUCGAACAAGACUUCGAAAAGCAUGCCGGUGGUUCUGCACCUGAGAGCAUCCCCACGAUCAGUCUCUGGCAUCGAAAGCAGUGGGCCAGGUCCAACGCGGAAUUCGAUCAGCUGCCCAAACAGAAGCAGACUGUUAGUGAGGCGCACAGCCGAGCCAAGAAGGUCAGAAAGUCUGCGAGGAAAGCCAAGUUUUACAACAAGGAAGAGUGGGCCGAGGCGUUCCCUUACCUGUCCAAGUAUCGUACCCAUGCCGAAGCUGUGACUGCCUCGGAGGAGGACGGAAGGCAGUUCUGGCGUGAGGUCAACAAGGCGGGUGCUGGGCAUGUCCAGGUGCAGAUCAAGGAGUAG